AAGACAAGCAAAAAUCAGAGAUAAAACGACCGCAAAGGUUAGACAAUUUUUGUAGGAUUCAAUGUAUAAUUUUACAAUAAAGUAAUUUAUAGUUGUCGAAAUAAAUGGUGAAACAUUAACGGUUGCGUAUAUCAUCAGGAUGGCUUCCACCGGCAGCACACCUUUCCCGAAAUGGCAACUGGCGAUCCUCCUCGGUGCCCCCUUAGCUAUUGGCUUAGGUUACCUUUAUCUGAGAAAUAGAUUUGAGGAUCCCGAAAAGAAGAAAGUGGCAGAGCUGAACGCGAAGGCCACUAUAUCAUUAGACAACGAUGAGAACGCAAAGGCCUCCGAGUCCGCCAUAGACCGUGCCAUGAAACUCAAGGGUGCCGGAAACCGGGCAUUUCACGCAGGCGAGUACGACAAAGCCAUCGCAUUGUACAACGAAGCUAUCGAAGCCUGUCCACCGGAUCGUCCUAUCGAUUUGGCCACCUUCUACCAGAAUCGUUCGGCGUGCUACGAGAAACGUGAGAUGUGGGAACAGGUUAAAGAGGAUUGUACGUUUGCCUUGAAACUGAACGAGAAGUAUGUUAAAGCGUUCCUACGUCGUUCUCGUGCGGCUGAGAAGAGUGGUGACCUUGUCCUGGCUUUGGAAGAUGUCACUUCUGCCUGUAUUUUAGAAAAGUUCCAGGUGCAGAGUUCUCUUGUCAAUGCUGAUCGAAUCCUUAAGGCUCUCGGCAGACAGCACGCCCGAGAAGCGUUAGCCAAGAGGAAACCGGUAAUGCCAUCCAAGCACUUCAUCAAAACUUACUUCUCUGCUUUCUCCGAGGACCCAAUUGCAAAGAUAAAAGUGGACGAGAAAGCUACCAAUGGAUUCGCGAAGGCAAAGCGUGCACUUGACUCUCAGGAUUACGAGUCUGUUGUAGGUUACUGUACUGAAGAAAUUGAAGCUGAAGGAGCACACAAAUAUGAGGCUCUCCUACUGCGUGCUACCUUCUUCUUGCUACUGGGAAGACAUGAAGAUUCUAAAGCUGAUUUGGGUAAAGUGAUAGACAGCGACGCCCCUACUAAGAUCAGGGUCAAUGCCCUCAUCAAGCGGGCUUCACUCUACACACAGCUGGAGAACACUGAACACUGCCUAGAGGACUUUGCCAAUGCUGCCAAGUUGGACCCCAAAAUAUCUGACAUAUACCACCACCGGGGCCAGGUAUAUUUACUGUUGGAGCGAAUGGAGGAGGCUACUGCCGAGUUUGCUAAGGCCGUGGAACUAAACCCAGAAUUUUCAAUUGCUUUUAUUCAAAAGUGUUAUGCUGACUACAGACAUGCCCAACUACACAAGAACAUAAAUGCUCUGUCACAAGUGAGAUCAGACUUUGAGAAGGCCCUGGAGAGGUUCCCCAACUGUGCGGAGGUGUACAUCUUGUACGCUCAGGUGUUGUCCGACCAGCAGGAAUGGGGUAGGGCUGAAUCGUUAUUCGAAUCAGCUUUGUCAGUAGACCCCAACAAUGCUACGUUGUACGUACACAAAGGUCUUGUCCAGCUUCAGAAGAGCACAGAUUUUGAUAAAGCAGUUAAACUAAUCAACAAAGCAAUUGAAAUUGAUGACAAAUGUGAUUUUGCAUAUGAAACUUUAGGCACCAUAGAAGUACAGAGGGGAAAUCUGAGGCGUUCACUAGAACUGUUUGAAAAAGCAAUAGCACUUGCCAAGACGGAGCAGGAGAUGACACACCUGUUCUCACUGAAGGAUGCAGCAGCAGCUCAGCUGAAGGUGUCUGAGCGCUGGGGACUGGACUGGACAGUCAGUUAGAGCUUGUAUCUGUCCACCACUCGCGCAAAACAUACAACGCUGAACACGGUUCUGAUACAUUAGAUUUUUUCUGUUGUCCCCUUUUUUUUAUGAAUAUUUAAAUAUUAAUCGAUGACAUCCUCAAUGGAAUUCUUAAACAGAUUUUACGAAAGUGAUAAAUCCAAGUGAAAUAGUAUUUGACUAUUUGACAGUACAUCCAAGUGAAAUAGUAUUUGACUAUUUGACAGUACAGUUUUGUGUUUGAUUGUAUAAGUAACAACUUUAUACUUGUUUGGUCAGUAUCAUUACCGCUGGAAGAGAUGGGGGUUUGUUUCAAAUACGAUUGCGUGAUGAUGUGGUGUAAUACACUCCCAUAAUGUCAUAUUUAUCAUGUCCGCCGCCAACUCAAAUUUUGGUUUGUGUUAAGCUCUGUAGAAUAUUUAAGCUGUAUCUACAGUGUAAAUAAAGACAAUGUUCUUUUGUGAAAAUCGUUCGUGCUUCAUAGUAAAUGUACACAGUUGAAAUUACAUUUUUAUGUUAAAUCUGUGUGCUGGUAUGAGUUUUAAACGCCAUAUUGUUGUAACACUGGCAAUGUGCACGGAGCACUGUUAGAUAGAAUUUGAAUCUUGUGUAAUAUUUUCCUCAGAAACAUAAUAUUUACUUCAAUUAUGAUGUAAAGUCAUGGUUGUAAAAUUCCAUACUAUAUUUUCUUUAUAACUCCUUGGUGCUCAUAGCACAGUAAUAUCACACACAGAUAACAUAUUGUAUGGGUAUAUACUUCAUAUUGAAGUUUCUGCCUGUGAAUUUUUGAGUGAAUUAGUCUGAAAGCUGCAUUUAAAAAUUCAGAGAAACAUUUUAUUUAAAAUUGUAUUAUAUGUAAUUAAUUAUAUUUUACGUAAAGGUAGAUUGUUGUAUAUAUUUUUUUUGUCAAUGUUGGCUUAACUUUUGGCUUAGAUGGAGUGGCUUUGAAUACCCCGUAAGAAUUUUGAACAUUAUAUAUUUAUGUAUUUAAUUCGUUUCGAAUUCAGUCAUUAAUUAUUCAUAAAAAAUUUGAUUAACUUGUUAAUAUAUUAUACUAUAUUGAUGUACUUCAUGUUGUAUAAUAAAUAUCCUAGCAAAGUACUUAUUCAAAAGUAUCAAUUUUAUUGUGUGUUAGAUAUUAGGUGUACGAGGUUGCCAUUGCAAACGUAAAAGACCCUUAAAAUUAUUAAAAUCUGGGAUAUAACUGUAGAAUGGAAAUGCAUGGAAUUGGACUAGAAUGCUUCUAUAGGACUAUGUUGUAUGCUCUGUCUCUUUUCACACAAGUAGAAAAGAGACCGAGGAUAUGUGUUCCCUGUCAUUGUAGUAAAAAUAUAUUUAGACACGUGCAGAACCCCAUUAGUUGAAUAAUAUUCAGACGUUGUACUCGUAAAUUCAAAAUUGAACUGUAAAUACGCAUUCUAGUUUGAGUCUCCAAGGGGCAAGGACGGAAUGUUUUGUGAAUUAAGUUGAAGCGCUUCGGAGUUGGUCGGCGCGGCGGCGCGGAGUAAAGUCGGUGCAUUCAGUGUAUUCGUUAGGGUAGCUCGGAGUACCACGUGGUUGCUGUGUUUUAUUAUCCUAAGCAUUUAUUUAUGUUCGAAUGCACCUCUAAAUUGCCAGCUAGAGUGAGUAGAGUUAGAGAUAACAAAUGGUUCUACAAAUUAAAGUUGUUACCUCACCGAUAGUUAUAGUUUCAAAUUAUAAAAAACUUCAUUAUUA